GAGUCAUUGGGGAGUGGUGCUGGGAGGGCUGGCUACAGCAGUUCGGCUGUCUGUGAUUCGCUGACAUGCACUCUAAUUGGAUCAUGUAGGAACUUGCUUAGCUGGAUGCUUUGUGCUUGGAUUGGGAGCAGCCUGCAAAGACAGAGGAAGUGAGGCAGAGAGGGAGGAGGCCAGAGGCUGCUGUGCACACCAGUUGGAGAGAAACAACAGCGAGAGGAGGAGUGAGAGAGGAGAGAAGGAGAAGGGGAGUAUCCAUCCUCCUUUGACCCACUGUGCUACUGCAGCCCCCCUCCCUCUCUAGGAUUCUCUUUCUUUCCCUUUUCUCCUUACUCAUCUGUUUCUUUGGCUGCACUGAGAGGAAGGACACCUGCCGCUCCCUGAUGAUUCAGCCUUUCAGCUGCUUGGAGCACUUUAGACAAGGCAGCAUGUCCGUCCUGCCACUGCAGUGCCCGGCCAGCAUGUCCUUGACGAUCCAGUUACUGCAGCCGGCCCAUCACGUCGACACCGCCCCUUCUCUUUCCCCUGCCAAAGUGUUCAGAUAAAUUGACUGCAGUACAACUCCCUGACUGUUUAAAGCAUGUGUAAAGAGCUGGCUAUCCUUGGAUGCAGGUCGUCCUGCUACCUCGUGGACCACUGUCAAGCUUUCAGUCGCUGAAGGGCAUUUUGCUUUUUCGUCCUCUGACUCUACAGCCUCAUGUUGGGAAGCCUUCUCAUAGACUCUCGUGGCAGACCACUCUUGUGUGAUGCCCUGUUUUAAUGGUUGAAGCUUUCAGAGACUCUUCCUCCAGCAGUUUAAAAGGAUGACUGAGGGAAUGGAGGACUACUCUGCAGGACCGGCUCCAUCUCCUGAAACGGCCUCCCCCACUGGCCCGCCUCCUGAUACUGGACCAGUCCCAGAGGAGAAACCAGAGGAGACGGAGGCAGCUGGUGAGAGUGGGGAUGAGGGUGUUAAGGGAAUUACAGAGGAAGGCCGAGGUGAUGGGGAGCAUGACGGUGCUUUGGGAAUUGUGCCUUUGCCUUCGACCUGCUGUGUGUGCAUAGAGAUGGAACAGAUUAAUCGUUGCCUCCACUCUGAAAAAAUCUGCAUUCUGCCCAUCCUGGCCUGCCUUCUUAGUUUAGCUCUUUGCACUGCUGGACUUAAAUGGGUCUUUGUGGAUAAGAUCUUUGAAUAUGAACCGCCCACCCACUUAGAUCCUAAACCCAUUGGCCAGGAUCCCAUCAUUAUAUCGGUUAACCCCACGCUUGGAAUCACCGUCUCUAUUCCUCAUUCUGCUCCCUCUACUGUCUCCCUGACCACUACCAUCGCCAUUACACCUGGACACCCGGACGUUUUUGGGAAAGAGAAAUCUACAGUCGGGCCAUUUGUGCCUCAAUCUCCACAAGUGACAUAUCCUUCUGUGACCCUGAAGUACAAUGCUGAACGUUCUACUGUUCCAAAGCAAAACUCCAACCCACAGACAACCCUGGACUCAGGCAAACUCUUUCAAACUAUAUCUACCACCAGCACCUCCACUCCAACCAAGGCUUCCAGCCACAUCAUGCGUUGCAGUGACAGGCAGAAGAACUACUGCGUUAAUGGAGGAGAAUGCUUCACACUUGAAAUUAUGCCUGGCAGUACAAAGUUUCUAUGCAGGUGCUUGGCUGGAUUCACUGGGCACCGAUGUGAACAGGCUGUGCUUAAGAAAGUCUCAGACCCAAAACAAGCCGAGGAGCUGUAUCAAAAGCGCAUUUUAACAAUAACAGGGAUCUGCAUAGCACUCCUAGUUGUUGGAAUCAUGUGUGUGGUUGCCUACUGCAAAACAAACAAGCAAAGGAAGAAACUACGUGAACGCCUGAGACAGAGCCAGAAGAAGAAGAGAAAGAACAAUUCAAAUCCCGUUGUUGGCUCCUGUACGGAAAGCUCUGCGGCAGGACGUCCCAGUGCUGCUGUGCCUCUGCAGGAUUUGAAGAUUGUCAAUCCAUGUAAUGGUUCCAUGAGGCAGCUUGUAACAGAGGAGACAGAAACAACUUUUCCCACAGGCAAAUAUGCGACUGCCAAUCAGCCCACCACACUCACCAACAUCUCCAGCCAAAGAUUUGCCUCUCCCAUGAGAAGCCUGUCCCAGCUGUCUCCGGACCCAAAGACAGCUCUGAGCACUCCUGUGUCUCCUCCAUCAGAGAUGUCUGCUCCUUUGUCCAGCCUGGCGCUUUCUGUCCCCUCAGUGGCUCUAAGUCCCUCUGUUGAGGAGGAGUGCCCGCUGCUGCUGUCAAAGAAGAGUCAGCAGCAGCUGUCCUCAAGACUGACCGAUCAGAAGAGAAGCUUCUCCCACUAUAAUCACGGCCUGGUAGCACACAGCUUACCUCCCAGCCCAGCCCUCGUUGCAAAGAAUGUUACGUACGGAGUCACGGUGGACUGUGGGACUGACGCUGCCAGCUACAGCUUUUUAGAGUUGCCAGAGAAACUAAUGAAUCGGAACUGCAGCACCAAAAGUGCUGCAUGUCAUGUACUGUAUUUCACAGAGUCCAGUGACAGCAUGCUAUUCAGUGAAACAGACGAGCCUCAUGGAGGAGACGCGCCCUUCCGUACUGCAGACAGCAGCACAGCCCUUUGGGACGUGGAGAGCAGCAGGACUAACCCAGCAUCACCAAGCCCUGUCCUGCUGGUUAAACCUUACAAUCCCAUUGCUGUGUAACAUUAACAGAAAUACCUUCUACAGAGACAUAUUCACUUAAAAUGUAACUUUCAACAAGCUAACUGCUGUAUAAAGACUUUUGAAAAAGAAAAAAAGAAACCUAUUUUAGUGAAGUAGCAAAUAAAGAGUUUUAUAAAAGAAGACACAGCUGUAUAAAGAUGUUCAUGAGCUGCAGGUUAAGUGCCAUAUGCUCGUAUGUAGCAAAGGUUCCCAGUAGAUUUCAGAGCAGAAAAAUAUCAACGGUGCCUUUCUGUUUGGUGUGGUUGAGCUGGAGUAGCGUUGCAUACUGAGCUAUGGAUCACCGUCCCAACACUUGGUUGGGUCCAGACGCAUGCUUUGAUCAAAUAGUGAGCAUGUUGUGGUUUAAUUUCCAGGGUUUUCCUUUGACAGGUCACUCCUUCCAUACCCUUGUCUGAUUGGUCCACUCAACGGCUUAAGGGAAUUUGUCACUGAACUAGCACACCUGGACUCAUACUCAGUAAACAUUUUAAAAUGGCUUGUUAUCUGCAUUUGAUGAGAGAUGGAGAAAAUGUUAGCAAAAAUCUGAUUUUUGUUGGUCACUAUCUGUCCCAGUAACCUGUCAUUGAAUUAAUAUAACUGUGAGAUAAAUGUGCAAUCACUAAAACCUGCUUUGUAGGUGUUGCUAAUGCUGUCACAUCUAUACCUAACAUAACCAUGUAGAUUUCUUUCAGUUCUAUAUUGGCUUCUAUUCUGUAUUAAAGUUCUAAUGUUGUUACCGGCAGCGAUGCUGUAGCUCCGGAAAGCCGAUACACAUUCCCACUUCAGGCUGGGGAUUUUCCAGAAAGGCUGCAUAAGAAGGCCAGUGUCUGCAAGCUAAACUCUGAACUGUUUGCCAAGCGGAUUUAAAAAGCUGUCCUGUGAGAUGUAAUAUGAGUAAAUAAUGAAUAUCUAUAACAAAGACAUGAAGAGAAAGAUGGAGAUGCUUUCUCUGCAUUUUUCUUUUUUUUUUGCUGACUUCCAGCAAAUCACUGGAGACAAAAUGGCUGCUAAAAUGGAAACAGCAGUGGUCAAAUACACUGACUUUAUGUUCAUUCUAGCAAAAUAUGUUGUUACAUCUUCUGACAAAGAUAUCGUUUUAAAAAGUAACGUUUCAUUCAUUUCUACAAGAAACUGUUUACUUUGUUUCACAAGUUGUAGAGAAACCCAGUCAGGGUUGUUCCCCCGAAGGACAGUGAUGGAAAUACAGAAUAAAUGGAGCAUUGUUCCUUUAAUGAAGGCUUUCAUGUUGUACAGACUGGCCACAAAUUAUGCUUUAACUACACAUAGUGGUUAACUGCUUUAACUCUUACAUGGAGUUGUAAGUGUGUUUGUGUGUUUGGACUUUUAAAUUCAACAACUCACAAACUUCUAAAGACUUGUUUGCACUUCUGUUCUCAAAUGUUUCAGUUUGUAACUUAUGUGUGUGGUGUCAUUGUAAAUGUAAUUUAAAAGAAAUGAAUAAACCAAAACCUGAAAUGGUUUAA